CCACUGUCCCCGGGGCCUGGGAAACAGCGUCCGGGGCCGGUGGCCUGUCCACGGGGUCGCUGCUAUCUUUGCCGAGGGGGAGAGGUAAUUAUAGCUCAGCUGGACGGGCUGUGCCACCCCACAGGGGCCGGGCUCGGGGACGCCGGCCAGCAGCAGGCCCGGGAGGCCGGGGCGGUGCCGCGUCCCGGGAGGGCUCCCCAGAGCGCUGUGGCCUCCGACCUUCGUGGACUCAGCAGCUCCAGUUCCCGCCCUGGGCUGCGCUGACUGCCAGACGCGCAGGGAGGCGCCACGCCAGCAGGAGCCCAGGAGCCAGGAACCCCCACCUGCUGGGUGGCUGUGAGUGACAGCGACUGCCCCGCACCUCCACGUGGCCAUCAGCAGUGACGAGGAAGACCAAGACCCAGGCAGCGGAGGAGAGCACGCAGGACCACGUUUCCCAGCGGCCAGAGAGCAGCGGGGUCGGCCAGCCUGGCGUCAGGGACAGCGGCCCCCUCCAUCUCGCCCCGUCCGUCUCUGCUCACCGCGGAACCACGUUCCAGCAGGCCAGAGGGGACCCGGAGGCUGCCUGUGGCUCCCUGAUGUCCAGGGCAGAGAGGGUGCCUCCACACAGAGCCCAGAGCGGCGGCCGGGACUGGGACGGGGGCGGCCCGCUUCCCGAGGGCACGGUCCCCCACCCAUCUGCCCCCCAGCCCCGGCCCCACUCCAUCCUGAGGCGGAACCCGGAGCACAGGCCCCGAGGGGCUGAGCCAGAGAGAGCGGCCAGGCGGGUCCGGUUCCGGGAACCCCUGGAGGCGGCCGUCCACUACAUCGCCAGCAGGGACACCACAGCCACAGGCAAGGUGCCCUGCCGGCCCACGCCCCGCGGCGGCUCCCUGCUGCUGCCACUGGCCCUGUGCGUCCUGCUCUUGGUGGCGCUGGGCCUGUACUGUGGCCGGGCCAAGCCCGUGGAGACAGCCCUGGAAGAACUCCGGGCCCGGCUGCUGGUCCUGGUCCUGCACCUGCGGCACGCGGCCCUCGCCUGCUGGCGCUGCCUCCUGCAGCUGUGACAGCAGCCGGACGGAUGGACGGACGGACGGACGGCCCCGGGCAGGCAAAGCCGUCGUGACGGAGACCCCAGGACCAGCUGGUGCGUGGCUGCUGCGGGCACGGCCCCGCCUGCCUCACGCAUGGGCUGCUCGGAGAGGUUCCAGAGGAGGAAUCCGGAGGACCACUCCCCCAGGCGCUCCGGCUGCUGCUCGGCCUGGCCUGGUGUCCCCGUGUGCCGUCCCUCUGACGGGACCCCCCGCCACCGUGGGCCUCCGUGAAGCCAAGCCCCGCUUUCUGUGGCUCUGGGGGAGCAAGGGCCUCCCUCCUGCAGAUCCCGUCCUCUGAACCUGGUCUGACUCCCCCCACCAAGAGCCUGGGGAAGCCCCGGGAGGAGGACGGCAGGGGCCAGCGGCCUGGACCUGCAGCACCUGUGCCAGCCCAGGUAUGGGGAACGCAGCCAGUACCGGCCACCGACUGCCGGGCCCAUGGCCCCGUCAGCUGAGGGCAAGGAUGAGGGGACUCCACUGGUGACAAAUCCAGGGGCCCCUCCAGACGCUGAAGGGCCUGGGGAGGCCGGAAAAAUGCAGGGAGACCCUGGAGACACCAGGGGGAGAUGCUGUGCCCGCCCCGGACAUCAGCGGCAGGUGUCACGCGGCCUGUGUCCCUCAGCACGUGCAAACUGUCCAUUAAAACGCCCAUAACCUCUUUUUUUUUUUUUUUUUUUUUUUGACAGGCAGAGUUAGACAGUGAGAGAGAGAGAGAGACAGAGAGAAAGGUCUUUUCCAUUGGUUCACCCCCAAAUGGCCGCCAUGGCCGGCGCGCUGCACCGAUCGGAAGCCAGGGGCCAGGUGCCUCCUCCUGGUCUCCCAUGUGGGUGCAGGGCCCAAGCACUUGGGCCAUCCUCCACUGCACUCCCGGGCCACAGCAGACAGCUGGACUGGAAGAGGGGCAACCGGGACAGAAUCCGGCGCCCCGACUGGGACUAGAACCCGCGGUGCCGGCGCCACAGUUGGAGGAUUAGCCAAGUGAGCCUCGGCGCUGGCCCAUAACCUCUUUCUGCCUGGGCACCGCUACAGCAGAGACACGGCAGCCACCUCUUCUCACCUGCCACUGGCAGCCCCUGGGGUCCCUACUUCCUCUCCAGGAGCCCCUGGAGCAGGUGCAACACCCAGACCCUGGGACCCCCCAGUGAACCCUGCCUGGCUGUUGGGGGCCCCCUCCAGGCCUCUCCCAGCUUCCGGAUUCAGGGAGCCCAGCCCAGGAGGGCUCUGUUCUUGGGGGGCCUCCAAGCCUAAGCGUCUCCCAUGUUACCGCACAGCCC